CCGUGAACGCUUCAUUAGUAACUUAGCUUGUUACCUUUACUAUGUCUGUAUCUUCAACAGUGACCGGUCAGUCGUCCCCGCUGACGACCCGGCUAUACGCGCCCAUCCCAAACACCAGUGACUUCCAGUGGACCCAGGAUAAUUCAGUUCUUACUACAACGAAUUCGCAAUGGUGUGACGCACCGCCCCCCGAAUAUAAGGUGUACCCGAUGGCCAACUUCACUGAUGGCAACGGUGGUCUAAUGAAUUCAAAGAUGAACAUCGUCUCGUCCACAUCUUAUUACAACGGGCAAGAUAUUAAUAAUGCAUUACUACCACCUUGCCAAAGAGAUGUAUUAAACUCAAAUGGAAUAUGUGGUAAUAACCUGAUCAGACCUCCUUUACCGGGUGUCAUGAAUACAACAAUAAUGGUUCCUUGUCAGAGAAAUGGCCCUAAUAUCCCCCAACGUAAUUGGAACUCUCACGGGACUGAAAGGUACAAUCGGCCUGUUUGGGUACCACCGAAAAACACAAACGGAGUAAAGAAGCAUAAACGUGUACGAACAGCUUUCACAAGUCACCAAAUGAUGGAACUCGAACAGGAAUACGCACGAACAAGAUAUUUAGAUCGCGCACGUCGUAUUGAAUUAGCGGAAACUUUAGUGCUGAAUGAACGCACUAUAAAGAUCUGGUUUCAGAAUAGAAGAAUGAAAGAAAAGAAGGAUAGAGCUGAGAAUUACGAUGAUUCAGAAGAGCCAAGUACUACUGAUUCGUCACCAGAAAUAAUCAGUAAAGUCAUGCCAGUACAUAACCAUGAACAAUUUUCAUUGCAAUGCAACACUCCUCAUGGUGUCUACCACCAAGGUUCUAAUUACUAUGUGGAUCAGUAUCCACCAACUCCUAUUACUUUAAUGCCUCAGUUACCUAUGUACCAAAUGAACUUGCCUCAAGAACCUCAGCGUAUGGUACCAGAGAGCUAUCCUGUUAGUGUUUUAGACAACAAUAUGGAAUUUGAACCACUCCCACCGAAUUUGUUGAAAACUGAAUCAUUUAAGCCGUGUGAAUCUAACGAAACAUAUUCACUGGACGGAUCUCCGGCGCAUUCAGAUAUAUCUGCUGUUGAUUCAGUUAGAAGCGAUAUCAAUGAACAAAAUUGGGAUUUGUCUUGGAUUAAAAAAUUCGAAGCUUGA